UAAAAAAUAAAACUGCAAUAAAGAUCGCGACCGGAAUUAAACGGUAGGUUAGUUAUUUUAGUCCUUCGUUUGAAAAUGGUGCUGUCUCUUGAUCGCUGGGUUGGGAAAGUAGCUGUAGUUACCGGUGCCAGUGCUGGAAUAGGAGCGGCAACAUGUGAACUAUUGGUUAAAGAAGGGAUUAAGGUGGUUGGCUUGGCUCGACGAAAGGAUCGCCUAGAUGAACUUACAGAAAAAUUUAAAGGUCUCAAAGGCAGUUUUCAUGGUAUCCAAACCGAUCUGACGAAAGAAGAGGAAAUAUUAGCAGCCUUUAAAGAAAUCAAACAAACUUUGGGACCCGUUCACAUUGUUAUUAAUAAUGCUGGCGUUUGUAAUAAUUCUACGCUUUGUUAUGGAAAGACUGAAUUGUGGAAAGAAAUGCUGGAUAUUAAUAUAUUAGGUCUCUUAAUAGCAACAAGAGAAGCUGUUCAAAGUAUGCUUGAAAAUAACAUCGAGGGUCACAUUAUCCACAUUAAUAGCGUUCUGGGACACAAAGUACCCGAUAUGGUACCACUCAAUAUAUAUCCAUCCACAAAGUUCGCCGUUACAGCUUUAACCGAUUCGUUAAAGUUUGAAUUGAACUACAUGAAGUCCAGAAUUAAAGUAACUAGUAUUAGUCCUGGAGCAACAGAAAGUGAAUUUUUCAUGCGCAGUAAUAUCCCCGUAGAUCACGAGCAGAUCGCAGCUUCAGUGGGAGAAGAACUACUAAAGGCGGAAGAUGUGGCGGAUGCAAUCCAUUAUGCUUUAUCGACUCCUCCACAUGUUCAGCACCCAAUCAGAGCCCGUAUAACAACUAAUACCAUACUGUCGGUGUGCGCAUGCGCGGGGAUCAAUCAAAUUUUACCCUCAAUCGAUUCGCCGCUAAAGAAGAAUAUCUUCAAAAAUUAAAAAAAAAAGUAUAGGAUUGCACUGGAUUCGAACUCAAGACCUCUCGAUCUCUGGCCGAAUGCUAUACCAAAUACGCUACGAGGACUGUGUCUGUAUCGGUUCGG